AUGAUCGGCGACGGCACGGUGAAGGAAGUGAACUCGAAGGAGGAGCUGGAUGAGCUGCUCCGCCGCCGCAGCCCCGCCAUCGUGUACUUCUUCGCGUCACGUUGCGAGGCGUCUAAGCAGAUGGAUCAAGUCUUCUCCCAUCUUUGUACCGACUUCCCCUAUGCCUACUUCUUCCGGGUUGGCCUCUCUCUUUCUAGAUCAUUGUGGUGUUACUGGCCUUCUUCCGGUUAGCGUUCUAUUUCAGCUCCCCCACUCUCUGUUCUCCCUUCCAGUUCUCUACAAUGUUGUUUGUCUGGUAUGUGAAUUUCUUAUACUUGUUCUUGCUCUGACCGAUCAUGAUCCCGAUAAAUGCGGGCACGGUACCUUAAUUUGGAAGCAUGCAUCAGAUCAUUCCGAAGAAUUUUUAGCGUCAUGAACUGGUUAUCGAAGGAUACUUCCCUGCCGAGCAUGGUGUCUAUUGAAACGGGAUUUUUCUAAAAAUGUUCGUACGAUUUUCUGCAUGUGAGAUGGAUAGACAGAGGAAUGUCAGCCUUUCUGUUCCCCUUACCACUGUACUGAAAAAAAAACGAUUACUCACCUAAAUUCUGUGCACUUUUGUCUAGCUUUUUAUCCUUUCAUGCUCUGGGUCUGAGAUGUCACAUUUUCCAUUUUCCCCCUAGGUUGAAGCAGAAGAGCAACUAGAAAUUUCCGAGGCCUUUUCAGUUUCUGCUGUGCCUUACUUCGUCUUCUGCAAGGUAUAGUAAUGUUAUUUUUGAUAACAUCUCAUCUUCGGGCUUCGGUUAUCCUAUAUGAAGUCCUUGAUUCCUUGAAAAAGAGAAUAUCAGAGAGUUUUGUUACAGCUUACAGAGAGGUACCUUGGCAAACAUGGACAACUCCCCUUACACAUCCAAAACUUGAAAAAUAAUGAAAGUAAGAAUUUGAAAUUUGAUGUUGGUGGCUUCGCCCUAGUUUAUUAUUGUAAAUAUACGGACAUUUUCCGUUUGAUGGUUCGAGUCCUGCUAUCAGUACUUUUUCCCAAUGGAGAAAGGACCGCUGAAAUAACUGCUUCUAAAAUUGUGUCAGGUUUUUUGCUUCAUUUCUGUACUCGUUUAAACUUUCGAGGUUUUUCUUUCUUGUCCAUUAAAAUAAAUGAUUUUUAUCCAUUUUUUACCUAGGAUAAUAAGGUUGUAGACACGUUAGAGGGUGCAAAUCCUGCCAGUUUGGCCAACAAAGUCGCGAAAAUUGCUGGAUCUGUCGACAGAGUAGAAUCGGCUGCUCCUGCCAGCCUUGGCAUGGCUGCUGGUCCCACCAUCCUUGAAACGGUCAAAGAAUUAGUGAGGGAAAAUGAAGCUUCGGUUGCAGAAAAUCUUCCAUCUGGCUUCAGUGAUUCCCUUACUAGUCGUUUGCAGCAACUAGUGGAUUCCAACCCGGUAUUCUUGUUCAUGAAAGGAACCCCUGAUCAGCCAAAGUGCGGGUUCAGUCAGAAAGUUGUUGACAUUUUGAAGGACGAGGGAAUUGAAUUUGGAAGUUUUGAUAUAUUUGCAGAUAAUGAUGUAUGUGAAGGGGUGAAGAAAUUCUCCAAUUGGCCUACCUUUCCUCAGCUGUUCUGCAAGGGAGAGUUCAUCGGUGGCUGUGAUAUUGCAGCGGCUAUGCAUGAAAGUGGUGAAUUGAAGGAGAUUCUUAGAGACCAUGGGGUCGUUGCUCUGUCUGCAGCAGUGACAGAAACUCCUGAAACAGAGAAGGAUUAUGGGAAGUCGGGUGGCAGUGCUGAUGCCACGGGUCUUAGUGCUUCUCUUACUUCUCGCCUCAAGACCAUCAUCAACAGAAGCUCUGUCGUGCUUUUCAUGAAAGGAACGCCAGAGGAACCCAGGUGCAGCUUCAGCCGCGAGGCUGUUGAAAUCCUUCAGCAUGAGAAGGUUCAAUUCAGCACCUUUGAUAUCCUCUCCGACGAGGAAGUUCGUCAAGGGCUCAAGGUUUUCUCAAACUGGUCGAGCUACCCUCAGCUAUAUGUCAAAGGUGAACUAAUUGGCGGCUCUGAUAUCAUGCUAGAGAUGGAGAAAUCCGGGGAACUAGAGAGAAUUCUAGCUGAGAAAGGCAUCAUCUAG